AUGAUCCCUUCAGGAAUAAUGAAGCCUCUCAGAGGAAAGCUUCCUCUGCCCAUCAUUAUCACCACUCUCUGUGUUCUUUUCUUCAUAGCUGUCUUGUAUGCAGAGAGACUCAGUUUCCUCUCUUCCAAGUCAAUUUUUAAGUUCAAAACCUGUCCAAGAAAAAACACCAAACCAAAAUCCAGUGAUAAAAGAGUAGAUAAGGAGAUUGCAAAUGCAUCAUGGAUUGAUGACAGGUUUGAUUUUGACCCAGAGGAGUGCAAUGUUGCCAAUGGGAAAUGGGUGUAUAACAAAUCAAUAGAGCCUCUUUACUCUGACACAAGCUGCCCUUAUGUAGAUAGACAGUUUUCUUGUGUCAAUAAUGGGAGAACAGAUUCUGACUAUCGCCACUGGGAGUGGCAGCCAGAAGAUUGUACCUUGCCCAAUUUCAAUCCAGAGCUUGCCCUCCAAAAGCUUCAAGGGAAAAGGCUGUUAUUUGUAGGAGAUUCACUGCAAAGAAACCAGUGGGAAUCUUUUGUCUGCUUGGUAGAAUGGAUCAUACCUCAAAAGCAGAAAUCUAUGAAACGAGGGCGGGUUCAUUCAGUCUUCAAAGUAAAGGAAUACAAUGCUACUAUAGAAUUCUAUUGGGCACCAUACCUGGUUGAAUCCAACACUGACAUCAAUAUCAUUGGAGAUCAAAAGAAAAGAAUAAUCAAAGUUGAUGCCAUCGCCGAGCGCGCCAAAAACUGGACUGGAGUAGAUAUCCUUGUUUUCAAUACCUAUGUAUGGUGGAUGAGUGGUCUCAGGAUCAAAUCAUUAUGGGGAUCAUUCGCCAAUGGAGAAGCAGGGUAUGAAGAAUUUGACACACCAAUUGCUUACAAGUUAGCUUUGAAAACAUGGGCCAAUUGGGUUGACUCAACUAUCAAUCCAAACAAAACCAGAGUCUUCUUCACAACUAUGUCACCUACACACACAAGAAGUCAAGACUGGGGCAACAUGGAAAAUGUGAAAUGCUUCAACGAGACAAAGCCAGUGAGGAAAAAGAAUCACUGGGGAACUGGUUCUGAUAAGCGCAUAAUGAGUGUGGUGGCCAAAGUGGUGAAAAAAAUGAAAGUUCCAGUGACUGUUAUCAACAUAACACAGAUAUCAGAGUACAGAAUUGAUGGCCAUUCCUCUGUUUACACUGAAACUGGAGGGAAAUUGUUAACUGAAGAGGAAAGAACUGAUCCACAAAAUGCAGAUUGCAUACACUGGUGUUUGCCUGGAGUUCCAGAUACAUGGAAUCAAAUAUUUUUGGCAAUGUUAUAACAAUAUCUUGCAUAAAGAUCAAUGUUUUUAUGACUUUAUGUACAUUCAAUCUUUCAGUGCUAUUUGUGUGGUAAAAAUAUACAUGCAUCAGCAUCCAUCAUGGAUCCCUAUUUGCAGAUUCCUGAAGACAAAAAGCGCCAAAUUAUCAAAUAUCCGAUGAGCAUUGAGACUCCAUCAGAGCACCGAAAAAGGGUUACAUUUUCAGUGUCACAUUGAGACAUACACAGCAAUUUUUCUGGGAGCCAAAAGGAAGACCCAUAUAUAUCAUGACUUAUGACUAUAAGUUGUUUUGAAAAAUUCAAUAAAAAAUCAGCAGUGCCGAUUUCAUGCUCUUUUCUUGUUAGACUAAAGAUAAGGAUCAGUUGUACUUCUUAACUAUCUUAUCAAAAUCAUUUUGUGGAUCAAA